AUGCCCAACGACGCACCACCCCCAUACACUACUGCAGGCUCAGCCCAGCCCGCGACCCAGAACGGCAACCUCGCUGCCCCCGCCGGCCCCACCCGAAGCCCUUCCGCCAUCUCCUCCACCUCCGACGAGACUACCGACGACGACAGCGACUUGCUGGCCACGGAAGAGAGGAGGGAUAUGGAUGAUGCUGCCAGAGAUCUGCCAGAUGGCUGGAUUAGGUGUUUCGAUCCCAAGCAAAACCACCAUUUCUAUGUGGACGAAAAGACUAAGAGAAGCAUCUGGGUUCACCCUUAUGACGACCCCGAGUUUCUGCGAACUCUUCCACCCACUCACCCUGCGCACCCCGACUCGAAGCAAGCCAAGGCUGUGAGACAGAGGUCUGAAGACGAGGGACUCGCCAAAUCAAAGAGGAAGGAAAUCAAGAAUACUAAGGGUACGGGCGCUGCUGGUCUGGCCUCAGGUUCGGCCCAAGGAGGCAGUGCUGGAGACUCGUCGAACGGUGAUGGUAACAGGAACUGGUUCCAGAAGAGAAAGGACGCCGUCAUCGGGACGAAAGAAGAGCGCGUCAAGGCCAAGGAAGAGAAGAGGCGUGCAAAGGCAGAGAGGGAGAGGCUUAUUGCCCAGAGGGAUGCAGAGUAUAGGAAGAAGAGGCAGGAGCUGGUGGAAGCCUACACCAAACAGAAUUCGACGAGGUCGGCAGGUGUGGGCGGAUUGGGCAGCGGGUACGCAGCUCCCAUGACUCCCAUUUCUCGAAGCGGCUACUACAGCAGCAGCCCUUAUGGCUACGGCUAUGGUGGUUGUUACGGUCGACGUGGUUAUGGCGGCCUCGGAGGAGGGGGUCUGGGAAUGCCAUUGAUGAUGGGCGGAGGAAUGGGUCUACUGGGAGCGGGUAUGUUGUCGGGCGGUAUGGGAGGGUUCGGCGGCGGGUUUGGUGGAUGCGGGGGUGGAGGAUGCGGAGGUGGAGGAGGUGAGUUGACAGAUUAG